UUUUUUUUUUUUUCCUUAAUAUUUUUACGUUAUGUUUAUCGCAUAUGUUUAUGGCCAGACGACAAUUGAAUAGAACGCAUGCCAUCAUCUCUAUUAAUAUGCAUUGUUUGUACGCGUUGUUUAUCGUCUACUAUGGAGAUGAUGCAGGUUGUACCGCCAUUUGGAGAGAGCGCGUCGUAUAUACAUGAUCCGAUAAGUAAUUUAAUCCAGCGCUUCUCCCUGCUCGUCCAAGAUUCGAUAUCAAUAUCGACCAAAGGAUUUGGCCAUGUUCGACGAUGCGACGCAAUGCACGAUAACGAGACAAUAUCGGGGAGAUUGGAGGGCGCAUUCGACAACAUUUUCACCAACCGAGAGCGAAUAAAAAGAACCCGAAACACUCUCAGAAAUUGUGUAACUUUGUCUAUCGUAGCAUGUACAAAGAAACGGAAACAGAGGUGAUCCUCUUCGACAUGUACGAGCGAGAGUCGUCGCGUCGCGUCACGAAACGUACAACGGACGGCCGCACCAUCGGAGAGGCGAGUGGAUGGCUUUCGGGGAACGUACACUCUUACGCGUACUCUUGCAUUAUUAUCUACGUGUUGGGAUGAACGAUAGAAUGGAGAGAGAAUCGCGCGGAUACAGAACGAUUCGCAUCUCCUCCUGCUCCUCCUCCUCCUCCGUAGUCUCUUCCUGUCGUCGCGGGGACGUACAACAUCGGAUUCAUGAAUACCCCGGAGCUCGUGUCCAUGGAAACGCGCGGCCAAAUCCCGCCCCGGGUGCCGCGCGGAGCCAACCCGGAGCGACGACGAGCGUCGCGACGCCGACCAAUGCGGGGACGCCAGGCCUCGGAUAGACUCGAAACCUUCACCCUCUUCCUCGGCGGAAGGGACGGGAGGGACGAUGAUCGCGCACCGGGGGUUGAAAUCGCACCGCGAGCGCACCGAUACGCGACCCUUAACGUUGUCGGCGAACGACAGUGAACGGGCUGGUGCGUCUCUCGCGAUUCGUGCUUUGAUCCCACGGCGAUCAAUUCGACCUCGGGAUGUUCGCGAGAUGAACGCCGCCUAAAUUAGCCAACUAGGCUGAGGGGUGCGCGCGUGCAUCAUACGACGUGCUCGCAAAGAGAGUGACUGGUUUCAAAAGUGACACAUUCCUCCUCCGUAAAUUUCUUAGAUUGACUCGCGAUAGAUGCGAGGAACCGCGCAUCGUCUCGUAAUGAUUUUACCUUUAGGUGGUGCGUAGAUUUCGCUUUGUUUGCAAGACCGCGGCGAGGAUGUAACCGCGAAACGUCCGCCCUAAUCGCGUACAGAGUUGCGUACAGAGCACGAGAAAGGGAAGAUGCAGUCUUCCACCUGUCAGCAGCAACAAGCACAACCAGGUCAGAACGGAACCUCCGCCAGCAGGACGUCGUUCCUCAUCGAGGAUAUCCUUAAUCGCGGCACCGUCACCCCGCAUCAUCCGCAUCAUCAUCAGUUGCACCAUCAGCAUCUAACGUCGACCUCCGCACACGGGCAUCAUCAGUAUCAGCAAUUUGCCAGUCUGCUACCCGGUUAUCCCGCGGCGCCGCCCGCCGCCGCGGCCUUCUUCCUCGCUUCACCGCUCUUCGGUAGCACCGGCAUGGGGGUCGGCAUGGUACCUGGGGUCGGCGAGUUGGCGGCCUUGAAGCAUUGUCGACGACGAAAGGCUCGAACCGUAUUCAGCGACCAACAACUGGCAGGUUUGGAAGCCAGAUUCGAGGUGCAGAGAUACCUGAGUACGCCCGAGAGGGUAGAACUCGCGGCCGCCCUACAUCUGUCUGAAACUCAGGUGAAAACGUGGUUCCAGAAUCGACGGAUGAAACAUAAGAAGCAAUUGAGGAAACAAAACAUAAGCAGCGGGAGCAAUUCCAAUUCGGGACAACAAUCGAUAUCCGUUACGUCGCCCGCUGAACGUCCCGUAGAUUUUUCUCUGAGCGGCGGGCGCGAGUCGCGCGCGAGCAGCGACGCGCCCGCGGAUUCCGACGACGAGGACGACGACGAGAUCGACGUGCUGGGCGACGAGACGCCGUCGCCGACCCCGACGCCGACAGCGACGCCGGCACCGACUCCGACCCCGGCAUCGACGCCGACGUCGACGCGGAGCGGCGCUCCGUCCAGACGCUCGGGAACCCCGCCGAGGACCCACCACGCGGCGAUUCAUCCGCAGCAUCCUCACCCGCAUUCUCAUUCGCACUCGCACCUGAUCGGCCUCCAUCACCAGCCGCAUCAUCAACACGGCAGCAGCCAGCAUUCCGCCCAACGUCCGACGCAUCGCUGAGACGCGUUCCGAUCUCAAGACGUUCCCGCUCGUUUUUCUUACCCGGAAUGAUACGGCAACGCGUGGAGAAGAAACAGGGAUGAUCCCCGCACGUCCGAGAUAACGUUUUUCGAAUCUUACGAGCGGAUUUAUCGAUUUAUGAGCUAGAACUUGGUCGCGUAACACGGGCAAGGUCGUGGAAUUCCGCAGGGAUCGUCCGGCUCGAGAUGAAAGAGAUGAAAGCAAUCGUCUUAUGUCCUUGAGAGGUAUUUAUAUACAGUCAUUGAGAUAAUUGACGCAAAUUCGACGGGAUCGGAAUUGUCGCCGGAUGGAACUCAAGUCUUACCCCCCGGUGUUUUCCCGAAAUCUACUUUUUAUAUAGCUAAAAUACGAUAUCAAGAGAAAUACGGUAUUUGGUCUGUUGUUACCUUUUAUAGUCAAGUGUAUAAAAAUAGGCCGUGGUUUUCGUUGAGAAUUAAACUAUAUGCUCUAUAACGCGAUAUGUGUGCGUUUGUUUUUCCUCGAUCGUUUCUCCAGAUGCAGUUUUUUUUUUUUUUUCUUUCAAGCAAAUCUCUCGAGUGUCUCUUUCGAGUGUGGAGAAGAGAUAAUCGUCGCCUGAUGAUUUUCCUAUUACAAGAGGGCAAU